AUGAAACACGUGUCUAAUUUACUUAUUUUCUUCCUGGUAUUUCAAACUUCCUCAAGUCUUCCCUUCGAUAUCUUCGGUAAAAAUUCAAAUAUAACAUCUACAACCCCAAAAUCAACAUAUGCCACCAAAACACACCUUCAUCAAAUAACUAGAAAACCUCCAAAACCACAAUGUCAUCCUUUCAAUAUAUUUUGUGUUCCUUGUAAGAUUGGAGUGAAUAUGGCUAGAACAGCUAUGGAUCAUGUUGUUUUCAUACACAAGGUUAGUGUUUGGUAAAUUUUUGUUAGAAAACAUAUGAAUUUAAAUAAAAAUAAUUUCAGGGUGUGGAAUCGCUAUGCUCAAAUAUUCUGGGAAGACAUAAAGUUUGCGAUUCAAUUAUCAAACUCACCAUGUUUUAUUUGGACCAUACUCCAACAGAUCGUGUAAGUUUUUGAGUUUACUGGAGUUAUUUUAACUUGAAUGAUAUUUUUCAGAUUUGCAAGCGAUUUUUCUUGUGUGGAAACAAAGGAAUAUGGGAUUGGUGGUUAGACGCAAAUCAUUCCAAAAAUUGUUUCAAUUUGAGCUCCCAACAUUUGACGGUCUUACAGGUAAUUAAUUUAUUUCUAUCUUACCAAUCAAUAUUUUUUUUACUACAGAUUCUUAACACACCGUCUAACAAUACAUCUGAACAAUUCUACAAUGUGAAAAACAAUGUUGCUAGUUUCAUUGAAAAUAAUCUUGAAGUUUCGAUAUCAGAACUACCCGAAAAUAUUGAUCAUCAAAUUGCUGAUUUUAUAUUUUCAGCCAUCAAAGCAGCAGAACUUUUGGAUAAUCAGGAAGAAUAA